GAAAGGGAAAGGGAAAGGGAAAGGGAAAAGGAAAAGAAUGCGCUAAAAAGUUUAACCAAAGAAAAGGACACUUAAGGUUUUGUUUACGUUUAGCUGAAGUUGUGUUGUUAUUCACAAUGGGAUGUUGUAACAGCACAGAGAGUAAACGUGAUUGGAAACCGCUGGAGGAGCGCAGCUGUACGGACAUCCCAUGGCUCAUUAUAUUCACACUGUUUUGUAUUGGAAUGGCAUGUAUUUGUGGCUAUCCCAUCGCCACAGGAGCUGCCUCCAGGCUUAUCUCAGGAUAUGACAGUUAUGGCAACACCUGCGGCCAGACCAACACUGAGGUCACCGGAGUACCCCUCAGCGGCCGGGACAUGACAGAAAAUAAGUAUGUUUUCUUUCUAGACCCUUGCAACCUUGACCUCAUUAACAGGAAGAUUAACUCCAUUGCCUUGUGCGUCUCCAAGUGUCCUGCUACUGAGCUUCAGACAUAUGACGAUUUAAAGAAGUUUGCUUUGAAUAAUGGCUCUUUCCUCUGCUCCUAUGAUAUUUCUGCUACAAGAUACACAAGCCAUUCAGAAAGAAACACGAAAUGUCCCAAACUCCCUGUUCUGCCAAGUAAGGCUGUUCCGGUUUUCCACCGCUGUGUUCCUGUGGAUAUUGGCUGCUAUGUUGAAUUUGCCCAGGCAUUCAUCACAUUUGUCAGUGACAACACUGUGCUGCGCCGGGUCAUCGCUGGGGUGAUGGCCAGCAAGGAGAUCAUCAUGGGCCUUUGUGUUUUGGCUCUAGUUCUGUCCUUAAUCAUGAUGGUCGUCAUUCGUUACAUCUCCAAACUACUGGUGUGGAUUCUAACAAUCCUGGUAGUCAUCGGCUCAAUAGGUGGGACUGGUGUUCUCUGGUGGCUGUACGCUGACCACAGGAAUGCUUUUAAACAAAACAUCUGUAUUUGGGAAGAAGUGGCCUCCGACAAUGUAAAGGCCCUGCUUGUGUCUGCGAUUGGUGCUACAGUUUUUACGGUAGUUCUCCUGCUGGUGAUGUUCUUCAUGAGGAAGCGUGUGGCCCUCACCAUCUCCCUGUUCCAUGUGGCUGGUAAAGUGUUCAUCCAUCUUCCCCUGUUGGCCCUUCAGCCUUUCUGGACCUUCCUCUGCCUCAUGCUGUUCUGGGUCUACUGGAUCGCUGUGCUUCUCUUCCUCGGGACUGCAGGGACUCCAGUAAAGAACAACUCUACAAAUAUGGUUGAAUAUCAUAUGCAAGGACCUCUUCAGUACUUGGUGUGGUAUCACGUUGUGGGUCUCAUCUGGAUCAGUGAGUUCAUUCUUGCCUUCCAGCAGAUGACCAUCGCUGGAGCUGUGGUCACCUACUACUUCACAAGGAAUAAGUCCCAAAUGCCAGCAACGCCCAUUCUUUCUUCCUUGGCACGUACCAUCCGUUACCACCUGGGUACUCUGGCCAAAGGCUCCUUUAUCAUCACACUUGUUAAGAUCCCUCGCCUCAUCCUAACAUACAUCCACACUCAGCUCAAAGGAAAGGAAAAUGCCUGUGCUCGUUGCAUGUUGAAAGCUUGUGUCUGCUGCUUGUGGUGUCUAGAGAAGUGUCUUGCAUACUUAAAUCAAAAUGCUUACACUGCGACAGCCAUCAACAGCACCAGUUUCUGCACCUCGGCCCGUGACGCUUUCCUUAUCCUGGUGGAAAAUGCCCUCCGAGUGGCCGCCAUUAACACUGUGGGCGACUUCAUCCUGUUCCUGGGAAAGGUGCUUAUAGUGUCCUGUACAGCUUUUGCUGGUAUCCUGGCUUUAAACUACCAGAGAGAUUAUACUGUGUGGGUGCUGCCUCUCCUCAUCGUUUGUCUGUUUGCCUUCCUGGUGGCCCAUUGCUUCCUUUCUGUAUUUGAGAAUGUGGUUGAUGUCCUCUUCCUCUGCUUUGCUGUGGACACAAAGUAUAAUGAUGGCAGCCGUGGACGAGAGUACUAUAUGGACAAGGCUUUGAUGGAAUUUGUUGAAAACAGUAAGAAAAUGGGUCUGCAAGACCCAGGUGGUGGAGAUAGGCACGAGAUGAAAUCCAUGGCACGUGGAGGAACUUUUGCCUAACAAAGUGUUAGAAAGACUGCGAGAACCACUAGAACUACUGUAAAGAUUAACUCAGUUUACCAGCAUUUCAGUACAGGGGCAUCAUUAGGUUACAAUACCUUUUAUAUAGAAGCUUCAGUGAAAGAUGCACUAAGUUUUAUUGAUUAUUUCUAAAACAAAGGCAUUGCAAAUGUAAUAGUUGUAUAAUCAAAUCUGAUUUUGAGUUUGUUUUUUUUUAUUAUUAAUAAGGUUAUUUUUAG